GUGCUGCUCCCCGCUAAAGCUGUUCUGAUAAACAUCCGCACAAGCUCCUCGAUUUCACACGCAGGUAUUUUGCCGAAGGCGAAAGCACGCCCGAAUUUCUAUCGUUAUGAGUGGAAGGGGCUGAGUCACGUUACUUCCUGGUUUGAAGAGCCAGCGGUUGGAGGAACUGCGUGGCUGAAAAAAGAAACUGACACGUGGAUCACCGUCAACACUUCGGGAAUCAGGAAAAAGCCGACUAUUUCCCCCCGCUGCGUUGUAGCAGCUGCGAAAGCCGAGAGUCCGCCCGUUAAUGCCGGUCGCCGGAGCGCAACGGACGCGGCGGAGAUGUUAUAAAGAGAUGCUUCCGCGAAGGGACUGGAAUAGAAACGCAUUUUUGUCAUCGCUUUGCUUUUUCGCCUGUCACGCUCGCUCGCACGGACUGACCCGAGAGGACGUCGGAGCGGACAGCUAGUCGCGAACGGAUAUAUUUGUCGUUGAAUGGCAAUUCUACAAAAACAUGGAAAGAACUCUUGUCCGGAUCUGGCCAGUAUUAAGGAGAGCCCCGCAGAUAAUAUCGGACAAGCCGGAUCUCAGAAGAAGUGGGCAGAGUCGAGUCAGAACUGGACCAGGCCGGUAGCGAGGAUAUGGACGGUGGUGCUGCUGCUGGGGACGUGCCUGCUGUACUGUGCCCGUGUGGCCAUGCCGAUCUGUGCGGUGAGCAUGGCGGAGCGCUUCAGCUGGUCCAAGAGAGAGACGGGCAUGGUGCUGGGCAGCUUCUUCUGGGGAUACUGCUUCACUCAGGUCCUUGGAGGCUACGUCAGCGACAGGGUGGGAGGAGAGAAAGUGUUGCUGUUGUCCGCGGCGGCAUGGGGAGCAAUGACCGCCUUCACACCAAUCUUAGCCCAUUUCUGCUCCCAGCCCAUCGUCUCCAUGACCCUCUCCCGCUUCCUCAUGGGCUUGCUGCAGGGCGUUCACUACCCGUCUCUGGCCAGUCUGUGCUCUCAGAAGGUGGUGGAGAGUGAGAGGGGCUUCCUCAUGAGCACCGUAGGAAGCGGCUCGUACCUGGGGACUCUGGUGAUAGGAGGCGUAGGUUCUCUGAUGCUGGACUUGUAUGGCUGGGAGAGUGUGUUCUACAUCUCUGGGCUGCUGUCUGUGUUGUGGGCGUACUGCAUGUGGAAGUAUCUGCUUAAAGGAGAAGGUCCCAUCAUCACACUGGAGUCUCUGGGCAGCGCUGGGACCCAGUCCAGACUGUCCAAGAGGAACUGGCUACGUCUCUUCAGACAGCCAGCUGUGUGCGCCGUUAUUAUUACACACUUGUGCACCGCUAGCACCUUCUUCACACUGCUGUCAUGGCUGCCAACGUUUUUCAAGGACACCUUCCCUGAUGCCAAGGGUUGGGUGUUUAACGUGAUCCCAUGGUUUGUGGCCAUCCCUUCUUCCCUGUUUAGUGGCUGCCUUUCAGACCAUCUAAUCAGUCAGGGUUUUGAUACUGCGUCCGUGAGAAAACUCAUGCAGUUCUUCUCUAUGGGCGUCUCCAGUGUGUUUACUCUGUUCCUGUGUGGGACCACUACGUUCCCCACAGCUGUGGCGUUCGUGUCUGCUACUAUGGGCCUCACCACAUUCAGCCACAGUGGGGUUUCAGUGAAUGUUCAGGAUCUCGCUCCAUCCUGCGCGGGGGCUCUGUUUGGAGUAAUGAAUACCUGUGGAGCAUUUACAGGGGUCAUCAUGGUGUACUUCUCUGGCUAUCUGAUCGAGGCCACUGGUUCCUGGGCGUCAGUUUUUGGCCUCAUUACUGUAGUGAACCUGCUGGGUUUAGGGACAUUUUUAAGCUUCGCUGAAGCUCGCAGAGUGGACAUAGAUCUAGCGAAGGGCCGAUACCACAACAUCCACAUCUGAGAUCACAGAGGACAAGAGCAGAGCAGCUGAAAACACAGGCUGGGAUAGAAACCUUUCUGAAGAGGGACCUACUCAGCAGUCACUGAUUUCUUCAUUAUGGUUCUUCAGAGACUGUUUUAUUAUCGGUUGACUUUUCUUUGGCUAAAGAGAAUCUAGAAGAAGCUCCAGGAGAUCUGUUACAGAUCCCCAGGAGCCACAGUAUGAAGUGUGUUACUGAAUAUUUUGAUUUCAUUCAUUUCUAUUUUACCCUGUAGCACUUGUGCUGGUUUAUGGUAGCAGUUGCUUUAAUAUAUCAUUACUUUUACCAAAGCAGUUCAAAAACCGUCCAUUUAAUCAGAUGAAGACCAAAAGCUAGAGUUUGAGAGCAUUGACAGAGUUUAUCAUCAAUACCGUUUGUUGUGGCAUUGCAUGACAUUUUAAAAUACCUCUUCUCCGACACCUUAGCUGUUUUUCAAACUGAGAGUGUAAUAGAAACGUGCUAGGUCAUUUUGUCAUGACUGAUCCUUUAAAUCAUUUUCUUUGACUCGGCAGUCUGCUGUUGACAGUAGUUUCUGAUCUUUAAAGGAUGCUUUUGUUUCAAACUGCAAGCUUGCUAGUCUUCAGAUGAUUGAAUCAUUAGAGGCCUUUUGGUGGGUCAUUUGCUUGGACCAAGAUGUUGCACAAUGAAAUGAAUGUAUUAUGGUGAUAAGCUUUACUAUGUAGAGACAAGAGACCCUGAACAUUACAUCUAACUCGCAAUCAUUCGACCAAAAAUAUUUCAAUUCAAGUCAUACAACUUGAAUUUUUAACCUAUACGUACAUAAUGCAUCAUGAAUCAAAAACUAAAGUAUAUUUCUGGUCACAAAUCUCCUAUUACUCGGAUAUCGCUACUUUGAGGAGUGAAAUAGUUACUUUGAAGAAACUGAAGGAAAAGCGAGGCUUAGGAAGGCUUAGCUGUGUUUUAAUGGAUCUUAUUUCGGCGUGCAUAGAACAGGGAACACAUUUCUGCUGUUGUUGCAGGCCUAUUGCUGGGGUAGAUCAUGGCAGAUUUGCAAAGAAACUGAAAAAAAGACUUGAAUUAUUAUAUAACACUGUUCUCUGCAUGGAACUCAAGAAAAUUGUAUUUUCUUUCCAGUACACCAGUACAUAAAACCAUAAUAAAUAUGCUCACAAAGGUUAUUUGUGAUUAAAAUGUUAUUUUAUACAUAGAUUAGAUAUCACUGUGUAAUAUAUAUAUAUAUAUAUAUAUAUAUAUAUAUAUAUAUAUAUAUAUAUACAAUAGGCAAUAUUUCAGAAUACUUUUAUAUUUAUUGAUUUAUAUCUGAUUUAGAGAUUAGAUUGAAAUGCUUAUGAUCUUUGCUCUCUUUAUCCAUAUUGUAUGUUCUUGUUGUUUUUUCUGAUUCUGAUCUGUUGUGUGUUCUUGUUUUGACUGAUGCAGCUUUAUAGAAAUGCCAUCUCACAUAUAUAUAUUGUUCCGUUCCAUGUAAUGCUGUUUACUUUGAUCUUUUAAAGUGUUAUUGGUUUACGUUUUGCAUAACUGGCUUAAGAUUGUGGGGAUUGUGUCGUCAUCAUCACAGCUGACAAUAACUUGCAUUAGCGUAGCGCUGAAGAAAUUUUGCAUAUUUAUUAUGCUUGCGUCAUUCCUUUUUAAAAUGAUUUCACUCAAGACUAGGAAACACAAUAGAUGAUCUGUGAAUUAAUGGAGCGUCAUACCACCUUGAAUCGAGGAUGACAACUCGCAGAAAGUGUCCCAGAAAACCCAAGCAGUACAUAUUGUGUUCUUAUUUUCAAGACAAACGUCACAUUAAAAAGAAAUGUAAACAAUGUAAAUGCAGUAUUCUGUAUUUGUAAGCAUAUUUUGCUGAAAUAUAAAAGUAUAUUUUAAUCAAGCGUAAAA